UUAUCCCACCUGUCGCGAGACUAGUAGGUGUUAUCAAACUUCAAGAAGGAAGAAGAAGGUUUGGCUUCUUUGUCGUUAAUGUACUUUUUUUUUGUUCUUGAGGUAUAAUCGAAUCAUUCUCAUCGAAUCAUCCUCUGUUCCUCUUCCUCCUCCACCACCCUCUCUCUCUCUCUAAUCCUCCGUCAGAUUAAGGUCUCCUUAUUCUCGACGAAUAGGUUUCUCGAAGAACAUCUCUCUUUCUUAUUUCUCGACUACCCAAUCUUUUCGUUUCUCUCUACACUGAUAAAAUUUAAUUUACAUUCGCCGCCAUGAGUUCCGUCGCCGAGAUCGUGUCUGAGCAGCAAGUGAUCGACGGUAUUCAGGAACUGGCUCUGAAAGAUCAGGAUAACAAGAAGAUCCAUGAAGUGAUGAUCCACGAGCCGAGUUUCGGGAAUCACGGUGGCUGUUGUGCUAUUUGCUUGAGUGAAAUCCCUCUUCAAGAAACUGCUAUGGUCAAAGGCUGUGAACAUACUUACUGUGUGACGUGCAUACUUCGUUGGGCGAGUUGCAAAGAGAGUCCUACAUGCCCGCAAUGUAAGAAUCCGUUUGAUUUUCUCAGUGUCCACCGGGCUCUCGAUGGCAGCAUUGAAGAUUUUCUGUUUGAGGAGAGUGUGUGCCUUCUCCUGAGAGCCUCAUGGUUUAUACCAUUGGAUGUGAUGGAACAGGCGUCCUACAGCUUUGGUUACCAUGAUGAUCUUGACAUUCCUUGUGACUACGAGGAUGAAGAUGAUGACCUUGACGAGUUUUAUUUGCACGGCGCAAGUCUUCGCAUAGGAAAUAGGAGAUGGGGUGGCAAUGGUUUUGUCAGAUCCGGGCGUCAAGAAGCCAGACCAGUCCAGAGAUACAGUGGUUCUAGUUCCAGUUCCAGUUCUGGGUCAUCCUCAAGUGAGCCUAAGGAAAAGCAGGUGAAAACUGCAAGCACAACAGGAAGACGUGCAAAGAGGGCAAUGAAGCGUGAAGCUGCUAACAAAGCAGCGGAAGUAACAGCAGCAGCAAAGCACGAGGCACAUUUGGUUAGGUUGGGAAGGAAGUGAGUGUGUAUCUGUAAAUAAACUGCACUCGAAAAGCUUCCCAACUACUUCCAUUAAUUAGUAUCAUCUGUACAGCAACUAGUUUUUAAUGUUGUGGUAAAUUCCGGCCACACCAUUGUGUGAGGUGUGGAGUUUGGAAUGGUAGAAACGACAAGAAGACCUUGUGACUCUUCGUCUCACAGAGUUUAUUCGACUAGGAGUGAUAUUAUAUUUCUCUGCACAUUUAAUCUUUGAGUUUUUAUAAUCAUUGAUCGGAUGAGAAUAUAAUGUGGCUGUUGAUUAA